AUGUGUGAAGGGCCUAAUCAGUCGAAAAAAUGGCAGACUGUGGCUCCAUUGUCUCCCAUGGAAAGUAGUUCUUUUACUAAAGAUAUGAGCAACUGUAUUGAUAGCGAGCAUUCCUUUUCCUCCUUGCUUGAGUUUGCGGCAGAUAACGAUGUUGAGGGUUUCAAGCGAUCAGUGUUUGAUGAAUCUGAGGUUAAGGAGGUUGGAGUGUGGUACGGUCGCCAGGGGGCAUCGAGGAAGAUGGUUCUCGAGCAGAGAACACCUUUAAUGAUGGCUGCUAAAUAUGGAAGUGUCGAUAUUGUGAAGUUAAUCCUUUCCCAGCCCGAGGUAGAUGUAAAUUUCUGUUGUGGCCCCGAUAAGAGCACUGCUCUUCAUUGUGCUGCUUCUGGUGGAUCUGUUAAUGCCAUCAAUGUUAUCAAGUUGCUAUUACUUGCAGGUGCUGAUACUAAGGCCGCUGAUGCCAAUGGCUGCCGCCCAGUUGAUGUUAUUGUUGCUCCCUCAAAAUUUCCUGACCUGAAAACUGCACUUGAAGAACUGUUGAAAAACGGUUCUGUCUGUCAAUGGGAUAUGAAGCCGGUUUCAAGUCCUAGUUUGAGAUCCAGCUCACCUUCUUUGUCAUCAUCAACCGAUGAAGGUUCCUUGUCCUCUCCCUCGGAUUCUAUACUGUUGCCAGUUAUCCGGAAGCCUAAUGAUGUACAGGUUUCUUCUGCUAAGAAAGAAUACCCCGCUGAUCCAACUAUUCCUGACAUUAAGAACAGCGUUUAUGCCAGCGAUGAGUUUAGGAUGUUCUCCUUUAAGAUCCGACCUUGUUCCCGGGCCUAUGCCCAUGACUGGACCGAGUGUCCUUUUGUUCAUCCAGGUGAGAAUGCAAGGAGAAGAGACCCGAGGAAGUUCCAUUACAGUUGUGUGCCAUGUCCAGAUCACAGGAAGGGGACAUGUAGGCGUGGGGAUUUGUGUGAAUAUGCUCAUGGGAUUUUCGAGUGCUGGCUACACCCUACCCAAUACAAGACUCGACUUUGCAAGGAAGGCAGAAGUUGCAAGCGUCGGGUGUGUUUCUUUGCUCACACAUCUGAUGAACGGAGACCCCUUAAUAUGUUUACUGGAGCUGCAGUCUCAUCCUCUAAAGUAGAUGCUAUGGAUUUCGCUGCAGCCUCGAACUUGUCACCUAGCUCCCCUUCAGCAUUUUCGCCCACAUCACCUUCUACAUUCCCUCCACUGAAGCAUCUUUCCAGCAAAAAUCCACACUCAUCUGUGCCUUGGCCUCAGCAAACUAUCCUAAAUGUGCAUAACAGUCUUCAAGCAAGUCGUCUGAGAAGUUCUCUCAGUGCAAGAGACAUUUCACCCGAGGAGCUUAAUGGCUCAUGGGAUUUUGGAUUGCAGCAACAUCUGCCCCUAAACGAUCCAUCCUCUCUAGCUCAGCCAUAUUACAGUGGUUCCUGUACCAAUCCUUUUUCUUCUUCAAACACCUUGAAUCACUCAAAUCUAGACCAGAUUUUCUCUGCAAAUGUCUCAUCUCCUCGGCACGCUGAGCAACUGGGUGGUGCUGCAGUUGUUUUCUCUCCCACAUGUCCACCAUCAGCUCUUAAUCAACUGCAGCAGCAUCAGCAAAGCAUGGUAUCUCCAAUGCAAGGGAUGUCACCUUAUAUCAAUGAUCCUUUGUCCUCUAUAGGCUUUCAGCUAUCUGCUCAUGUUCGCCGAGAGAAGAUGCUACAGAAAUUACAAAGUAGCAUACUCUCAAAGAAUUUUGGUUCUAAGCCAUCAUAUGACCUUGGAUCCAGCGGUACAAAUUCAUGGUCAAUAAGGGAAGCUGAGAAAAGGAAUGUGGAUAGGUUUGUUCAAGCAGAUGUAAUGGGUCAGUUACACACAUCAUGUUCAAUCGAGCAUGAUGGAGAGGAGCCUGAUGUCUCAUGGGUUCAUUCAGUGUUAAAGGACUCGCCAUACGAAGUGAAAGAGACAACUGCUAUUCCAGUCUCAAGUACCCUUGAUGGCUCUUCUGCAAAUACUCAUAUUGAAUCCAGUGAUCAUGCGGCCUUGCGAGCCUGGCUUGAGGGGUUGCAGCUUGAUCAGACAGUUGCCUAG